UCUAUCAGCUGCAGCUUCAAUCAAACGGCUGCUGCUGUCUCUGCUGUAGGUGGACUCCGUGGAYUCUCAUGGCUUUUUCAUUUGGAGUCUCCUGGAUGUGCAUGCUGUUAUGGGGCUCCAUUAGUUUUGCUCCACAAACUGAGUACCAGGUCGCACAUGGAUACUAUCUUCACAAAAGUCCACAAACUUCCACUCAGUUAACUCCUGGAGAAUACUUAAACACAAACUAUGAAGAUAAAACAAAGGCUUCAAGAGAACGAAACCAACCAGAUUUCAUAAAUAAGGGAGCCAUGUUUUCAGUUGCCCACAAUGACAUCAGUAAGAAUAAAGUUUGGAUUAGACAAGGUAAUGAUCACCAAAWGCCAACUAGACACCACCCUUGGAACAAUCUUGGUGACUCCACUGUUUGUGGCAAUGAAGUGUUUAGCCAUCAACCUGCUCUCCACAGACACAAGCAUUUACCUGCCUCAGAACCUGGUCUUCCAAGUGGACGUAAUGACAUAUUUAAUAGUGUUUCCAAAAACAAGCAUCUUAAGACAACCAACAAGAAGCCAACGCUAAAACAGUUUCCCUCUGGGUUACUACUUCAUGAAGAUCCGGUCACUGGCAAAACUGGCUCUACUGCUGAUGCUUCAAACAGAUCAUCUCAAGAUUUUGUCUACUUUUCACCAAAGUCAUCCAGGUCAAUAUCUGUGCCUUCAAAGAAAAAUAUCAAAAGGUCAAAAUAUUUGCAUCAAACAGGUUAUAAAACUCCACUGAUUAGUUUGGACAAAAACACAAAAGCUGUCCCCUUCCAAAAGCCAACAUUUUUGAAUUUCUUUGUACCAGAAAAUCAAAUAUAUGUCCCAAAUUAUGAAGUCAAACAUAGGAAAAAGGCAGCAAAAUCAUUACUUGCAUACCAAUCAGGCGCUGGCAAAACAACGAACAAUGACUACUAUCCUCCUGCUGUUCAAAAGCCUGUAUCUGUUGAAUUUGUUACAAACUUGAACAAUCUUUUGCCACUGAAGAGAAAGAAGAAUUUUAGAGCAAAUGUUUCAGACAAACCUCAGAAGGUGCUGGAUAAAUCCAACCUGGUGUUYAAUGUGAAACCUCCACGUGGCUCAAACAGACUUCCCACCUCUUUGGGAUAUCAAAAGGCUGACGUUGAGCCUUUCAAACUUGCUAGUCGUUCAGAAAACACUGAGAAAUCCCACCUCUACAAUCAAAAUCUAGCUUCUGCCCUUCAAAAUGUUAAUACAAAAUACAACGGCAAAGAUUCAAUCCAGAAAGGAGUCCCAUCUCGGGGAGCUGAAAAUCAAAUGAACUCUGUUUCAGCUCAAGACAGAUUCCUGCUCCUAAAUGGCGGCUAUGAGGAUGCAAAGAAAGCUGGCCUUCUGAAGACCUUCAACGAACCAGAUGACAUGAACAUGUUUUCAGCCAGCUUGAAAAAAGAGCCCACAAACUUUGCGUCUUGGCCUGAACCCACAGGUUUGGGUUUAAAUUGCGUUGUUUGGAAGAAYGCACAAAGGUCUCAAAAGUCAUUGCGGCCCUCUGUAAAGAGAUACAUCAAGUCUGGAAACCGCUCAGGGAGGGCCACAACAUAUCUGUCAAAAACCUGUUAUUUUCAACAUCAGCAGGUUCAAGACAAGGCUGCUAAUCGACUACAGAAAGCUGCCACAAAAUGACGAGCUUAAAACCCAAGAAGCUAAUGUGACAAAAGGAUGUUUCCAGCUGCAAAUCAGGUUUCUGGUGUUGAUCCUCCUCAACUGCACCCAGUACUUGGCUGGCUUUACAUGCCUUUCUUUGCACAYAUCUAACUGUAACCCAAAAUUAUGUUUUUGUUGCAAAUAUCAAAACUAAACUUGUUUAAGAGCUAAA